AUGGAGGAGCUGAGCAGCGUGGGAGAGCAGGUCUUCGCCGCCGAGUGCAUCCUCAGCAAGCGGCUCCGCAAGGGCAAGCUGGAGUACCUGGUCAAGUGGCGAGGCUGGUCCUCCAAGCACAACAGCUGGGAGCCUGAGGAGAACAUCCUGGACCCCCGGCUGCUCCUGGCUUUCCAAAAGAAGGAGCACGAUAAGGAAGUGCAGAAUCGGAAGAGGGGCAAGAGGCCCCGGGGCAGGCCCAGGAAGAACGUGGAACCAGAGAUGCCUGCGAAAGCAAAGUCAAGUAGCUCCUCUUCCUCCACAUCUUCCUCUUCCUCCUCCUCCGAGGAAGAGGAUGAGAGCGAUCUGGAAGCAAAGAGAGGUCCCCGCAGCAGAGAGACGCACCCGGUGCCACAGAAGAAAGCUCAGAUCCUGGUGGCCAAGCCCGACAUGAAGGACGCUUCCAGGAAGAAGCGUGGCCGGAAACCUCUUCCCCCAGAGCAGAAGGCGGCUCGAAGGACCGUGACCCUGACAAAGGUGCUGAAAACGUCCCGGAAGGAGGUGGGGGGCAGUGCCAAGCUGGUGGGGAAGCUGCAGCCCCAGCACAGCGCGCAGGGCUCAGGCAUGGCUGUGCUGAAGGACCCGCCGGGCACCUUGGCUGGGCUCAGCUCAGGGGGGGCAUCGGUGGAAAAUUUGCCCAACAUGAUGAAGAGCGGCUCGGGCAGCCCCAGCCAGGCCAUCAGCUGGCAGAGCUCCAUCGUGCACUACAUGAACAGGAUGUCCCAAAGCCAGGGCGCAGCCGAGAGCUCGGCCCUGGGCAGGCUGGCGCUGAAGGCACAGGCAGCCAGUAAGGGCAGCUUAGGGCUGGACUUGAAAAUGAGGAGCCAGAAAGGCUCUGGGGAGCUGGGCCUGAACGUGCAGGGACCCAAAACUGCGAAGGCUUCUGGCAGCAGCGCUGGAGGGGACCAGAAAUCGGGGUUUGCUGCUGGAGGCCAAAUGCUGCCCAACGGCAGCAAGGUGCCGUCGAGCUCGUCUGGGGCCGGCCUCCAGCCAGCCUCCAGCCAGGAGCUGAACCUGCAGGCUCUGAACCUGCAGAGCGUCAAAAACGGGCCGGGCAUGGCCAGCGGGAGCAGCCUCCCCCGGCACCUGUGCGGCUCCCUGGCCAAGGGCUCUGCUGGCAGCGCGGCCAGUGCGGGCACCGGCGCCGCCAAGGGCGCCAAAGGUGGCACAGCCGGGGCCGGGCUGAGCGCUGCCGGCGCUGGCAAAAUCCCAGGGGGGGACGGUGGCAAGAGCAAGAAGCAGGCACAGCGGGCAGGUGACAGGGACUCGGCCAAAGGCGGCUCAGCUGGCGCUCCAGAGGGACACGCGGCCACCGAGAGCCGCAAAGCCUCCGCCCUGUCCGAAGCCAGCACGGGCGAGGACACCAGCUCGGAUUCGGACCGGGAUUCAGCUUCCCUGCCAGCUGUGGGUCAGAACAUGUCUGUCUCCAUCCAGACCAGCCAGGACUGGAAACCCACCCGCAGCCUGAUUGAGCACGUCUUUGUCACCGAUGUCACCGCUAACCUGAUCACAGUGACGGUCAAGGAGUCCCCCACCAGCGUCGGGUUCUUCAACCUGCGGCAGUACUGAGCCCAGAGUACGAGGAGGGGGAGGGUCCUUCAGCCUCACCCUCACCUGUGCCCAGCUCUUCCAUCAGGUUUUUUUUUCUUCAAGCGAGCCCUCAUGAGACCUGCUGGAACUCGUGUCUGGAAAGGCUGGACAAGAACGCAGUGAAACCCGCUCCAAACUGCCAUGGUCCUGGAUUUCCUCCCUGCCUUCUCUCCCUGCUCCUCUGGAGCCGUGCCCACCUGGGGGUGGUCGAUGCCAGGCUCUGGGAGCGGGGGCACCGGUGCUGCCGGGGCUGUCAGUCUGGAGCCAGGCUUCACUGCACGCAGGGCUCUUUGCUUUGGAUGCAGAUGCCAAGGUC